AUGCACUAUCACGUUCAUCAAGCAGUAGUUCCUCAAACAUUAGCAGUUCCUCAAUCAGUAGCAGUUCUUCAAGCAGUAGCAGUUCCUCGAUUAGUAGAAGCUUAUCAAAUAGCAGUAGUAGCUCCUCAAGUAGCAGCAGUUUCCUCAGGCAACAGCAGUUCCCCAAGCAUUAGCUACUCCUCAAGCAUCAGCAGUUCCUCAAGAAUUAGCCCUCCUCAGGCAGUAGCAGUUCCUCAAGCAUUAGCAGUUCCUCAAGCAGUAGCAGCUCUUCAAGCAGUAGCAGUUCCUCAAGUAGUAGUAGCAGCUCCUCAAGCAGUAGCAGCUCCUCGAACAUUAGCAAGUCCCCAUGCAGUAGCGUCUCCUCAAGCAGUAGCAGCUCCUCAAGCAUAG